CUCACUCUCACAUCAAAAAAAAUGCCAAUUCUCUUGCUUGUUGGUCUCCUACACAGGCUAUGCACAUGAGCCCAUGCCUCCUCAGUCCUCCUCCUCUCUCACUCUCUCUCUCUGUCUGCACUUGCAUAGAGAGAUGAUCUGAUCGAUCACCUAGCCUCACCUCUGUCUCAAGCACAGGCCUAGACCUCUUGCAUGGCCGGACACCAUAGGCCACACUCCUCCUCCUGCCGCUCUCUCUCACGCUCACGCUCACAGAGAUCGACACACACUGCUCUUAGUGGCAGGACCUAGCGGGGAGGGGAGAGGCAUCAGGGGGCCUUGGAGUCCCAUCAGUAAAGCACAUGUUUCCUUUCUGUGAUUCCUCAAGCCCCAUGGACUUACCGCUUUACCAACAGCUGCAGCUCAGCCCGCCUUCCCCAAAGCCGGGCCAAUCCAGCACCAGCAGCUUCUUCUACUACCCAUGCUCCCCUCCCUUCGCCGCCGCCGACGCCAGCUUCCACCUCAGCUACCUGCUCGGUAGCGCCGCCGCCGCAGGGGCCACCCCCGUGAUCGACUCGCCGUCGCCGGAGCUGCCGCUGAUGGAGCAGGCGCCGGCGCCGGCAACAGAGCUGGACGCCUCCGCCUGCGCCAAUGCCCAAGGCGCCGGCGUCAGCCUCGACAGGGCCUCCGCCGCCGCCGCGAGGAAAGACCGGCACAGCAAGAUAUGCACCGCCGGCGGGAUGAGGGACCGCCGGAUGCGCCUCUCCCUCGACGUCGCCCGCAAGUUCUUCGCGCUCCAGGACAUGCUCGGCUUCGACAAGGCCAGCAAGACGGUGCAAUGGCUCCUCAACACGUCCAAGGCCGCCAUCCAGGAGAUCAUGACAGACGACGCGUCGUCCGAGUGCGUCGAGGACGGCUCCAGCAGCCUCUCCGUCGACGGCAAGCCCAACCAGGCGGAGCUGGGACUGCUGGGAGGAGGAGAUCAGCAGCCCAAGGGUAACGGGGGGAAGAAGCCGGCCAAGCCAAGAAAGGCGGCAACCGCCCCAAAGCCGCCAAGAAAGUCCGGCAAUGCUCACCCGGUCCCCGACAAGGAGACGAGGGCCAAGGCGAGGGAGAGGGCGAGGGAGCGGACCAAGGAGAAGCACCGGAUGCGGUGGGUGAAGCUUGCAUCAGCAAUUGACGUGGAGGCGGCGGCUGCCUCGGUGGCGAGGGACAGCAGGCCGAGCUCGAUGCCGAACAAUUUGAACCACCACUCAUCGUCAAACAUGGCGGCGUGUGCUGCUGCUGAAUUGGAGGAGAGGUGCUCAUCAACCCUCAACAAUGGAGGAAGGAUGCAAGAAAUCACAGGGGCGAGCGACGUGAUCAUAGCCUUCGGCGGCAAUGGAGGAUACGGCGGCGCCGGCAACUACUACUGCCAAGAACAGUGGGACCUUGGUGGAGUCGUCUUUCAGCAGAACUCGCGCUUCUACUGAACACGGGCAUGCACUAGGUACUAGAACUAGAACUACUACUCUUCCAACUUUACAUAUAUCUCCUUUGCCCUCCAAUGAACUUCCCAAUAAUUUCUUGUUUUAAUCCGUGUGUAUUUCUCUUCCUAGACCGCGUGAUGUUGAACUUGGUUUGGUCAUCGCAUGAUGUAUUAUAGCUAGCAUGAACUGUGUUGAUUCAUCAAUGGAAUCUAAUCUAUGUUGAUUCUGUGAAUUCCAAACUA